AUGGGUCUGCUGCAGAAUAUGCAAAAUCAGAAUAUGAAUUUGGUUUUGUCCACUGAUGCAAAGCCCGGGCUAAAAUGGACUGCAGAACUUCAUCAAAGAUUUGUUGAAGCAGUCAAUCAGCUUGGUGGGGCAGACAAGGUCACACUAAAGAGUUUGAUGAGGGUGACGGGAAUUCAUGGACUCACUCUGUACCACCUAAAGAGCCACUUACAGGCAUUUUUCUCCCUUUUCUUGAAAUACAGGCUAGGGAAAAGCCACCAGUCAGAAAACUGCACUGACAUUAAGAAAGAAGGUCUUAAAUUAUGUCUUACAUGCCGUUCAUAG